CUUGAAGGAACUCCUCUUGUCAUCGCCAAAGGGGGUAAGACCAGAAAGAGGAAAUGGGAAGCAGGCAUGUAUAAAACUUAAUAGGCCUCGCACAUCGGGUAAAACGUAGGAUUCCCUGUGCUCUUCCCGUUUGGAUCGCUCGCUCACACUUUCCUUGAGUUCGAUCUCUUUUUGGUUUUUUCUUCCCUUCUCUUCCUUUCCACACUCCCAGCCGGUCUGUUCUUUUCUUGAGAGAGGCCACAACCAAACCUCUUUCGUUUCUUUCCCUUCCAUCAACGCGGUGCUGGACACAUUGUUUUUCUAACUUCCUUUCGCUACUAAUCCAAUUUUGACUUGUGUGUACCUGUUCUUUUCGGUCCACUUUUCUCCUCUCACAGCCAUGUCUUCUCCCAUGAUCAGAGCGUUGGCCGCCGCCGCCAUGUUGGCGAUGGCCCAGGCCCAAGGUGUCAUUCUUGCCGCGCAAGGCCCCAACGGCCCUGCCAGUCCAGGUCUUCUAGUCGAUGCAAACAAGGCGGAUGCAAACAUCAUUAACCAGAAGGAGAUCGUGGACAAUGUCGUCAACGAGUGCGGCCGAACCAUCCUCGCGGGCAACAUCGAUAUCGGCGAGACCACAGAGGCUCAGCUGGGCAACAACACCGUCACGAAGGUCACAAAGGGGUCUAACGUCGACGUCACCAUUGCCCAAGUCAGCCCGGAUGGCGCCGGACCGUACAGCUGCGAUCUUGACUUGACUAGCAACGCCAACGGUGCCACGGGUCAGACGAAGCUUCAGGUGCAAGAGGCAGGGGCCCAGAGCGGUCAGAUAAAGCUCAAGGUCACGAUGCCGGAUGACUUGGCUUGCGUAGGAGCCUCCACCGGUGAUGUCUGCACCGUCCGCUGCUUCAACGACAACGCGAAGGGUCCCUUUGGCGGCUGCUUCGCUGUUCAGCAAACGGACACGAAGCCCAAGCAGAACACCCCCGCCAACAUUCCCACCGCCCAGACCCUUGACGGUGUCCUGAAGCAGGUCCAGCAGAACAUUGUCGACCUCCCUGCCGCCGUCAAGUCGAACCAGGAAGCCAAGACUCAGGACGAUCAGGGUGUUACCGCCAUCAAGGAGCUCCUCGGCAAUAAUGCCACUCAGGAGGCUGCCGGCCCUGCCGGCUCCGGCGCCAACACUGGCAACAACAACAAUAACAACAACGGAAACAACAACAACAAUGGUAAUGCCAACGCCGGCAAUGGUAACGGAAGACAGAAGGGCAAGGGCAACCGCAAUGGCAACAACAACGCCAACGCCGGAAACAACAAUGCCAACGCUGGAAACACCAAUGCUAAUACCGGCAACACCAAUGCUAAUACUGGCAACACCAAUGCCAACACGGGCAACAACGGAGGCAACGGACGGACCCGGGGCAAGAACAACAACGGCGGUGCCAACACCAACGCCCAGAACGGCGGCAACAAUGGUAAUGCCAAUGCCAAUGCCAACGGGAACAACAACGCACUGCCUCUGGCAACUGUUGGAAAGGGCAACGGUAACCGCCAGAACCAGCAGAACGGCAACAACAACAAGCGUGACGAGACACCAGAUGCCGUGCUCCGCACGCGCUGGGCCAGGAGGAACCUUCGCCGCCGCGCCGACUAAUUGUUACGCAAGGUGGAAGGGCUGGGGUGGACCGAGGGUGGCAGCGAGCCUUCCCGCAGGAUCCUUCCUCCCCCCCUGGUUUGAGCUUCAUGUUGUGUGAGCAGGCCUUUCUUGGAAGCUGUUUCUCAUUUCUACGUCAAUGGACCGUUCACCAUUAAAGACGGAAGAGGUGAUGAUAUCUUAGUUGUUAGUUAGCGAAAUUUUAUAUUGAGCCGUGUAAAGUUUAUAAAAUGGUAGAAAGUCGUUGGUCAUCUUCUUCUUGUCUUCAGUUUCUUUGCCCGUCAUCACUGUUUGAUGUGUUUCUCCCUAUUCAGC